AUGGGAGGUGCCCAAAGCAGCGGCGGCGGGCUCGGCGCUGCAGCCUCGCCGCACGGGCUUCGGUGGUGGAGAUCUGCAUCUUGGGCGGCGCGAGCGGUGGGGAGCAGCGGCGUCGCGUGCGGCAGUGGAGCUUCAGCAGCGGCGGUCAAGCUGGAAUGGAAGCAGCGUGUAAUUCCCCGAGAGAUUGGCAAUCUAUACGGUUUAGAGCUUCUCGUAUUGGGGAGUAACAACUUGACAGGUAAAUGUACAGCUUCACCAUUACUUGGACUGCUUGCCGACUUGUAUGAUUGGCAAGCAUGUAUGGUGAAGAUUCACAACUCACAGGUAAUUUCUGAACCAGAUUCUCUUACUAAGUUGUUGGCUAAGUAUGAUGAUGUCUUUGCAGAACCAAACACCCUUCCCCCAAAUAGAUGCCAUGAUCACCAAAUUCCCCUCAAACCAGAUGCCCAACCAUUCAAAAUUCCUCCCUACAGAUACCCUCAUGUACAAAAAAAUGAGAUUGACAGACAGGUGAAAGAUAUGUUGAACUCUGGCCUUAUACAAGAUAGCCAUAGCCCCUUUGCAUCACCUGCUCUUUUAGUAAAAAAGAAAGAUGGGAGCUAG